GCGGUUCCUAUAUAGCGCUCCUUCGCCAGGGCGCUUGGUUUCUGGGAGUGAAGCUGUCAGCCAGAAUUGUUAUCCAUCUCAUUUUCCACACUUGUUGAAACGAAACAAUCAUGUGUCUGAUCGGUCUCUUGUUUCCCUUCAAGCAUCACUACCAUCACAAGUCGCGAAGGCACAAGCACAGGCACAGGCACAGGAGCUCCAGCCACCGGCGUUCCGAACGCUCGCGACGAGAAGGAUCGAGACGGCGUCACGAGAAGCAUGACUUGAAGGAUACGUCAGCCGUGACCGAGGACGCCCUGGCCCGCUUAUGCCUGUCGCUCGAACAAUGCCUGAUCGAGGAGCAGCAGAGAUGGAGAGAGCAGGACCGGUUGGACAGGGAAGAGAGACAACGCCUGGGACUCGAGCGAGAGCGAACGCCAUCGGAAGAAGCGCCCCCAUAUAGUCUCAGGGACGACAUGGCGCGCCAACCCACAACACCACCAUCCGAGGUUCAGCAUCUUCAGCGUGAUAGAAACUCGGCCGCCUCGGCAUUGGCAUUGUGCUGCCGCUACUGUGUCUGUACCCGUUGCGGUUCCGCCAACACGACAUGCCCGACGGCCGAGCUAGAUGGCAGCCGCACAAGAGAGCCCAGGAGCAGCCCUGGGCGCACAGAGAGCCGCGCCGAGACACGGACACGAACUUCCUAGGCCACGGCCCACUCUCGCCUCAGGACUGAGGCGGCAACGUCUUUGGUAGAUUUUCAUCCGUUUUGCCUUUUUUUGGGGGGAGGGGACCGGC